GCGAACAACAAAUUAUUCGCUAGAGUAGGUCAAUAAACAGCAGACUGGUAAAUCAAGCGAUUAACAAAAUAGCAUUAAAAAAACAUACAAGGAAAAUGAACAGGAAACUAUGGCAAAACCCGCUGAUAUAUUAUGACGAUCGGUCUUGUUUAUAUACGAAAUGUAAAGUUUUAAUCACAACACUAUGGACCUCUCAGAGAAACAGUCCAGUUCGCUGGGUUUAUUUAGUUUAAUUGUUAGUUUUCUAUUAGUGAAUAGUGAAAUUGUUGCAGCUGUGGCGCCAGUGUGUAGUGCCGGUGAAGUGGCCACUGAUUGUUACAACGCGUGUCGAGCGACUUGUAAAACUAGGAUAUACAAUGACAGAUUCUGUACGCAAGAGUGCAGAAAGGGAUGUGACUGCCCUGAGGGACGAUUGAGACAUGACAAUGGUACUUGCGUACCCGUUUAUGAAUGCUCAACACCCGACUGUAAAUACCAAGACACAGAGUACUACAGCAACUGUGGCACGGCCUGUGAGUUGACUUGUGAAAACUACAAGAAUCCGCCAGAGGUCUGCACUCAACAGUGUGUCGACAAAUGCUUCUGUUACAAAGGGUUCGUCAGAGCACCGGAUGGAUCAUGCGUGAAGCCAGAAAAUUGUCCUGCCCCAGUAAUCUGUCCAGCCAACGAAGUGUACUACAAAUGCAAAGACGAGCGAUGCUACACUGACUGCAACCAGCUCUACACCUCGCGCCCCUGCCCGUCUCUCUCGGCUGACUGCUACAACCCUGGGUGUCUCUGCAAGGAAGGGUGGUACAGGAACAGCUCAGGAGUUUGCGUUACUGAGGAGCAAUGCGGAGUCAAAAUAAACUGCCCCGCCGACCAAGUAUACUCAAAAUGCAUUGACGAGAGAUGUUACACGACCUGCAACCACUUAUUCAUGAACCGCGCAUGUCCCUCCAUCAGUGAAGAUUGCUUCAAGCCGGGCUGUCUUUGUAAACCAGGAUCGUAUUGGAAUAAAGAAGGCGUUUGUGUCCCUGAAAGUCAAUGCCCACCCAACACAUGUCCAAGUCACGAAAGACCAGCAGAUUGCUACAACGCCUGCCGGGAGAACUCUUGCACCACCCGGCUUCAGACCAAGAAGGAUUGUGACUACCGCUGCGAACACGAUAAAUGCACGUGUCAAGAUGAUUACUACAGGCAUAGCAAUGGAUCUUGUGUUACGCCUUUAGAAUGCUCACCACCAAAAUGCAAGGAAGACGAGGUGUACAACAACUGCGCUACAGCGUGUCCCAUUACUUGCGCGAACCGGAACAACCCUCCCGAGGUGUGCAUCACCCUGUGUGUGGAGGAAUGCUCCUGCAAGCCUGGCCUGAUCCGGGAUCAGGAUGGCUCGUGUGUGCUACCUGAAGACUGCUCUAUAUCACCACCUACCUGUGCGGCCAACGAAGAGCCGACUGACUGCGACAACGACUGCCUCCCGACAUGCAAGACCAGGUCCAAGUCAGACCAGCAACUGUGCUCUGCAGACUGCAAGCCGGGGUGCAAGUGUAAAGAGGGGUUCUUGAAGAAUGACAACAACGUCUGUGUGCCCGAGGAUGAGUGCUAUUCAGCGCUGUGUAAUGCUGAUGAAGUGAGGAAAGAAUGUGGAUCCCCGUGUGAAACUAAUUGCGAGAACUAUGACGAUCGCAACACAGCAGUGUGUGUGAAGGAUUGUGUGGAUGGAUGUUUCUGCAAGGAAGGACUGAUUCGUCUCUCUAAAACAUCUUUGGCUUGCGUCAAACCAAAGGAUUGUCCAAAGCCACCAAAUCCACCAACAGAAGUUUGCGGCCAGAACGAAGUGUAUGAAAAGUGUAAGAUCCACUGCCCCCCACAACUGUGCAGCACAGUGUAUGCUCCCAUCAACUGCUUCGCUCCGGACUACUGCACGGAACCCGGGUGCAACUGCAAGGAAGGGUUCCUGAGAAACGGCACGACAACUGACCCCUGCAUACGGAGGGAAGAUUGCCCUAAACCAACUUGUCCGGACAAAGAGGUUUUCAGUGAGUGUGGCUCAAGAUGCGAGCUGACUUGCGACAACUAUGGCAACCCACAGAAAUGCUCGGACCAAUGUGUGACCGGCUGCUUCUGCAAGCCAGGACUUGUGAGGAACUCUGAUGGACUUUGCGUCAAGCCGAGAGAAUGUCAGCCUGAAAAAAUAUGUGGAGUAAACGAGAAGCCAGUGGGUUGCUACAACCCCUGCACUGAGAACUCUUGCAAGACUAGACUGAACCCACCCGUAGCCUGUACUCUGUCUUGUGAGAUCAACGGCUGCGCUUGCGCAGAUAACAACUUCAGACAUGACAAUAACACUUGUGUUCCUGUCGAACAAUGUUCGCCUCCCCAAUGUGGCAAAGAUGAAGUCUACAGCCGAUGCGCUCCCAAAGAAGAGUUGACGUGUGCCAACUGCAAGAACCCACCUAGAAACAAUGAUCACCAGUGUGUGGAGAAGUGUGUUUGCAAGGACGGUUUAGUCAGAGGUCCAAAUGGAAAAUGCAUCAAAUCUGAAAAGUGCCCUCAAAUCCAAUGCGGCAAGAACGAAGUAUUUGCAGAAUGCCGCACUAAGUGCCCGCCUCAGAACUGUUUGUCACUAUACGCCCAGUUCAGAUGCCAAGAGAAUAUUCCUUGUGAACCCGGCUGUAAUUGCAAAGAAGGGUACAAGAGGAAUGGCAACUUCAGCGCACCCUGUAUACCAGUUAAGGAUUGUCCGAAACCAGGAGAAACAGAACCACCACAAAUCAAAUGCGGCCGGAACGAAGUCUAUACCAACUGCACAAUCAAAUGCCCGCCUCAAACCUGCAACGCGUUGUACGCCAAGUUCAAGUGCGCAUCAGACAUCCCGUGUGAACCGGGGUGCAACUGUCGUGAGGGGUACCGGAGAAACGGCAAUGAGAAUGCCCCUUGCAUACCUGUGAAGGAAUGCCCUAAUACGAGUGUAGCGCCGCCACCUCAACAGCAGUGCGGUCACAACGAAGUAUACACUAAAUGCAAGAAGUCCUGUCCUCCCGAAUCCUGCUUAUCCAAGUUCAUUAAGGUCAGCUGCCUUGAAGACCAGGCUUGCUCCGGCGGCUGUAAGUGCCGGAAGGGGUACCUGAGGAACGGCACGGCACCGGACAGUCCGUGUAUACGGAAACGACACUGUCAGGCGCCGGAACCGAUCCCUCUAUGUGGCCCUAACGAAGUGUUUGUGAGAGACGCGGAUGUCAAACAGAGCACUUGCAGCAACCCACAGGGUGACAGCAUUCCGUCGUAUACAGGAUGUAUAUGCCAGUUGGGCUACGUCAAGAAUGACAACGACGAAUGUGUGGACCCUAAACAAUGUGCUCCUCAACUCCCGCAGUGCGGUGAAAACCAGGUGUUCUCAAACUGCAGCAGCGCCUGUCUGAAGACAUGUCGCAACAGGUUCCUCCACCCCGUGUGUACGCGCCAGUGCAAGCCGGCUUGCGUGUGUGCUGAUGGAUAUCUGAAGCAUGACGACGGCACUUGCGUUCGGGUAGAACAAUGCUUACAGGGAUGGGUGAGGAUGAGGAACGCUAACGUCAUGGUUGGUAAACAUAUUUUAUUUGUUAGACAAAAGUUGAACUUUUAUAAUAAUAAUGUGUUUCUUCUUACAGCACCCCCUCAAUGUGGCCCCAACGAGCACUUCGAGUCGUGUCCUCCGAACUGUCCUCCAAACACCUGCCUCGCCAACAGAGCCAGAUAUGACUGCAAGAAGUUCUCCAAAGAAUGCAUCCCCCAAUGCUACUGUGACGAAGGCUACCAGAGGAACAAGAACAAUGUUUGUGUUAAGACCGAAAAUUGCGAUUGCCCUAAAUCCAUUUCAAUAAAGGUGAAGAAAAUUUUCAGCAUUAUUCAUAGUUGUCUCAUCUUUGAGCAGGACAACACUCUCAGUAUGAGAAUAAUAGUGUUAAUAGGAUGUUUACUCUAUUUAAUUCAUACGGCCCAGUCCAAUAUACGAUACGAUCCUGAAAGAAGCGACGAAACUGAGGAUGAAUAUUCCGACGACGAAGAAAAAGACGAAGAAAGUUGUGAAUCUAUAAUCGAAUGUGGAGAGAACGAAGUGGCCACAAACUGUUACAACCCUUGCCAGAAGACUUGCAAGACACGGUUCAGGGCAAACGUGACUGAUUGCCACACCAAAUGUGAAGAAGGCUGCAUUUGCUCAGAUGGAUAUCUAAGAAAUGAUGACAACGAAUGUGUGCCUAUCGAGAAUUGCUCUCCACCGCAAUGCAGCAGUGGUGAAGAAUACAAGACCUGCGGCACCGCUUGUGAGGAGACCUGCCAGAACUAUGAGAACACGUGCAAGUUCUGCAACUUCAAGUGUGUAGAAGGGUGUUUCUGUAAGAAAGGCCUCGUACGGGACGCCAAUGGUGUCUGCGUUACACCGGAAAAAUGCCCCAAACCAAUUUGCAAAGGGCCUAACGAGUACUACGACAAAUGCCCUAACACUUGUCCACCGCAAGAGUGCUCUGCAGACAGAAAGUCCUACGAUUGUUCCAACACUAAGAACUGCUGCGCUCCUCAAUGUCGGUGCGUUAAAGGACAUCUUAGAGAUAAUAAAGGCAUAUGCAUCCCUGAGGAGAAAUGUCCAAAGACAUCACCACCGCCAAGUCCGUGCGGUAAGAACGAAGUCUACAGCGAAUGCAAGAUACAAUGUCCGCCACAAACGUGCACAGCGUCGCAACAGAAGAACUACUACUGCGAACCGGAGGUCGGGAAAAAGAAAUGUGAGCCAGGCUGCAACUGUCGCAGUGGGUAUGUGAGGAACAAGACCUCUGACGACUUCUGUAUACUGGCCAGCGAGUGUCCACCGUUACCUACUACUACGCCUAAACCACCUGAACCAGAAUGUCCAAAUGAUGAAGAAUACACAACGUGCACAUUGAACAAAUGUCCCAGAACUUGCAACGAUUUCAUAAACGGAACCUCUUGUACGAAUACUAGUGCUGAUUGUUAUCAACCUGGCUGUGUAUGUAUCGGUGAUUUGGUCAGAGCCUCUAACGGAUCCUGUAUUUCUACUGCCGAAUGUCCUCCAAUCAUUUGCAAUGAGACUGAAGAGUACAAUGAAUGUGGAACGGCUUGCGAAGACACUUGCAGUAAUUACAACGAGACGGGGAAAACUUGUACAAAACAGUGUGUCAGUGGAUGUUUCUGUAAGAAAAAUUUGGUCCGAGCUGAAAAUGGGACUUGUAUAUCGCCUAAGCAAUGCCCACCAACACAGUGUAAAGAAAAUGAAGUCUACAGUGAUUGCAAGUUCGUGUGCCCGCCACAAACCUGCGAUUCACUUUACACCUCCUAUGUGCCGUGUGACGACUGCGUACCAGGAUGCAACUGCGUCGAUGGAUACCUGAGGAAUGGCACUGCUAAUGAUCUUUGCAUUCCUAGUGACUUAUGUCCGCCUGGUCCAGUUAAUAAUACUGCUACAACCACCCCUCCUGGAGGAUCCACUUCAUCUUCAUCCGGUACGACCAGGUCUGCAACCGGCAAUCCACCGUCAUCAGGUGGUCCAACACCUCCAAGCAACACUUCAUCACCGUCUGGUGGACCUAACAACGCAACAACUGGUGGAAGUACGUCUCCAAACAAUGGAACAAGUACUUCCAGUGUCACAGUUUCACCAACCUCAUCAGAUAGUUCCUCUUCAAGCACAAAUACCACCGUUUCUACGUCACCAUCUUCUGAUGGAUCAACGGCAUCUCCCGGAGUUUGUGCAAACAAUGAGACAUUUGUCGACUGCACUGACAUAAAAUGUUACCAAACAUGCGAUGAUGUCAAUAACAGACCAACAUGUCCUACAAUUGAAAAUGAAUGUAGCAAACCAGGAUGCAUUUGUAUUGACGGCUACGUUAAAGACCAAAACGGAAUUUGUAUAGAUGCUGAUGACUGCCCUAUCCCCAACCAACCAAUAUGUCCACAAAACGAGCGGUAUACACUUUGUAACCUCACAAAGUGUUACCAAACUUGCGAGGAUGUACAGAGGAAACCAGAAUGUCCAGAAAUAGACUCUUUAUGUGAAAAGGGUGGCCCAGCAUGCGUGUGCAUUGAUGGCUAUGUGAGAACUGCCAAUGGAACUUGCAUUGAUGCGGAUGACUGUCCUGUAAAGCCUAUCCCCGAAUGCCCAAUCAACGAGGAAUACACAACAUGUAGACUGGACAAAUGCUACGCUACUUGUGAUGACGUCAUCAACAAGCCGGACUGCAAGGCUUCUUCCGGCUGCUUUAGGCCUGGCUGUGUGUGUAUCGAAGGGUACGCCAGAGCUCGAAAUGGAUCCUGUAUUGAUGCUGAUGAAUGCCCUCGCAACCCUCCACCGGAAUGUCCGACAAACGAAGAAUAUACAACGUGUGUAGAUACGAAAUGCUACCAAACAUGCGAUGAUGUCACUCAGGAAUCUGAUUGUGAAGCUGCCUCUGAUUGCUAUCGCCCUGGCUGCAUCUGUAUAGAUGGAUAUGCCAGAGCUAGAAACGGAACCUGCAUCGAUGCCGACGAAUGUGUCGUAACCGCAACACCAACAGGAACCACAACCCAGUCAACAUCAUCUGGUCAAACCAAUUCUUCGGGAGGUAGUUCUACUAGCUCCGGAACUAGCACAACUGCUCCUGGAGGUAGCACCACUAGCCCUGGAGGCAGCACCACUAGCCCUGGAGGAAACAGUAGCCCUGGAGGCAGUUCUGGUCCUGGAGGCAGCACCACUAGCCCUGGAGGCAGCACCACUAGCCCUGGAGGAAACAGUAGCCCUGGAGGCAGUUCUGGUCCUGGAGGCAGCACCACUAGCCCUGGAGGCAGCACCACUAGCCCUGGAGGAAACAGUAGCCCUGGAGGCAGUUCUGGUCCUGGAGGCAGCACCACUAGCCCUGGAGGUAGCACCACUAGCCCUGGAGGCAGCACCACUAGCCCUGGAGGAAACAGUAGCCCUGGAGGCAGUUCUGGUCCUGGAGGCAGCACCACUAGCCCUGGAGGCAGCACCACUAGCCCUGGAGGAAACAGUAGCCCUGGAGGCAGUUCUGGUCCUGGAGGCAGCACCACUAGCCCUGGAGGCAGCACCACUAGCCCUGGAGGAAACAGUAGCCCUGGAGGCAGUUCUGGUCCUGGAGGCAGCACCACUAGCCCUGGAGGCAGCACCACUAGCCCUGGAGGAAACAGUAGCCCUGGAGGCAGUUCUGGUCCUGGAGGCAGCACCACUAGCCCUGGAGGCAGCACCACUAGCCCUGGAGGAAACAGUAGCCCUGGAGGCAGUUCUGGUCCUGGAGGCAGCACCACUAGCCCUGGAGGCAGCACCACUAGCCCUGGAGGAAACAGUAGCCCUGGAGGCAGUUCUGGUCCUGGAGGCAGCACCACUAGCCCUGGAGGCAGCACCACUAGCCCUGGAGGAAACAGUAGCCCUGGAGGCAGUUCUGGUCCUGGAGGCAGCACCACUAGCCCUGGAGGUAGCACCACUAGCCCUGGAGGCAGCACCACUAGCCCUGGAGGAAACAGUAGCCCUGGAGGCAGUUCUGGUCCUGGAGGCAGCACCACUAGCCCUGGAGGCAGCACCACUAGCCCUGGAGGAAACAGUAGCCCUGGAGGCAGUUCUGGUCCUGGAGGCAGCACCACUAGCCCUGGAGGCAGCACCACUAGCCCUGGAGGAAACAGUAGCCCUGGAGGCAGUUCUGGUCCUGGAGGCAGCACCACUAGCCCUGGAGGAAACAGUAGCCCUGGAGGCAGUUCUGGUCCUGGAGGCAGCACCACUAGCCCUGGAGGCAGCACCACUAGCCCUGGAGGAAACAGUAGCCCUGGAGGCAGUUCUGGUCCUGGAGGAAGCACCACUAGCCCUGGAGGUAGCACCACUAGCCCUGGAGGAAGCACCACUAGCCCUGGAGGCAGCACCACUAGCCCUGGAGGAAACAGUAGCCCUGGAGGCAGUUCUGGUCCUGGAGGCAGCACCACUAGCCCUGGAGGCAGCACCACUAGCCCUGGAGGCAGCACCACUAGCCCUGGAGGAAACAGUAGCCCUGGAGGCACUACUAAACCUGGAAGUGGCACUACUAAACCUGGAACUGGCUCUACUGCCCCUGGAGGUGGAACUACUAAACCUGGAAGUGGCUCUACUUCACCCGGAGGUGGCACGACUAAACCUGGAAGUGGCACUACUAAACCUGGAAGUGGCUCUACUUCCCCCGGAGGUGGCACGACUAAACCUGGAAGUGGCACUACUAAACCGGGCACAGGCUCUACUGCCCCUGGAGGAGGCACUACAAAACCUGGAAGUGGCACUACAAAACCUGGAAGUGGCACUACUAAACCUGGAACUGGCUCUACUGCCCCUGGAGGUGGAACUACUAAACCUGGAAGUGGCUCUACUUCACCCGGAGGUGGCACGACUGAACCUGGAAGUGGCACUACUAAACCUGGAAGUGGCUCUACUUCCCCCGGAGGUGGCACGACUAAACCUGGAAGUGGCACUACUAAACCGGGCACAGGCUCUACUGCCCCUGGAGGAGGCACUACAAAACCUGGAAGUGGCACUACAAAACCUGGAAGUGGCUCUACUGCCCCUGGAGGCGGUACUACCAUUAAAAAUAAUACCAGUUCUUCAGGAUCAUCAACUUAUAACCCUGGGUCAACUACUCCAUCAGCAAGUAGCUCUGCACAAACUACAAAACCUGGAAGUUCUUCAACUAGCCCCGGGCAAAAUACUUCAUCCAGCGGAAGCACGUCCAGUACAAGUCAAAGCUCUCCCGGUAAUGACACUACUACUAAUGCGUCACAAACGACCGUCUCAGGGGGUGGAAAUACCAACUCAGCAACGUCUAGUCAAUCUGGCUCUACCAACACUUCUGGACAAACUACCCCAUCUGGCCCUGGUGGCUCAACAGGAGCAGGAAGUAGUUCAUCUGGCCCUGGAAAUACCAGUCCUGGUAAUAAUACUACUAAUUCUACACAAACAACACCAUCAGGGGGUGGAUCUACUGGCAGUCAAUCUGCUUCAACAAAUACUUCAGACCCGACAUCUUCUGGACAAACUACCCCAUCUGGUCCAACUACUACAUCCCGUCCAAACACUUCUACAACUCCUAAACCAGUUUGCAAAGAAAACCAAACAUACAAAGAGUGUGGACCAACGUGUGAGCAAACCUGUGCUAAUUACAACGAGUCUCUUCUUUGUUCAUCAUCUUGUAACUCCGGAUGCUUCUGUAACUCUGGACUCGUCAGAUCGCCAAAUGGGACUUGUAUCAAUCCCUCGGAUUGUGGAAACACGACUACACCUGAAGAUUGUCCUGUUAACGAAAUAUUCGUAGAAUGUACCUUAACCAGAUGCUAUCAAACAUGCGAGGAUGUGAUAUCUGGAGACGAAUGCGAGGAAGUGCCAUAUUAUUGUUAUGAGCCUGGUUGCGUUUGUAAAGACGGCUUUGUACGAGCGGACAACGGCACUUGCAUUGAUGCUGAUGAAUGUACACCACCACCAACCCCAACCUGCGGUCCUAACGAGCAGUACGUGAAAUGUAAUCUAACUAAAUGCUACCAAACUUGCAACGAUGUGCUCACUCAGCCAGACUGUCCGUAUAUAGACGAGGAUUGCGUGCAGCCUGCUUGCGUCUGCAUUGACGGCUGGGUGAGGGGGCCUGAUGGCAAUUGCAUAGAUGCCGAUGAUUGUUUUCCAAUUCAAUGCGCUCCGAAUGAAAAGUAUGUGACAUGCAAUCUUACUAAAUGCUACCCAACUUGCGACGAUGUUCUAAGUGGAAAGCAGUGUCAACCAAUCCCUAACGAUUGUGAUUCGCCUGGCUGUAUAUGUAUUGAUGGAUUCUCAAAAGAUGCAAACGGAACGUGCAUUGACGCUGAUGACUGUACGCCAUCAUCCUCGACACCCGGAGGCUCAACCUCAAGUGAUGGGCAAACUUCUAAUUCUGGAAGUAGCACCGCUGGCCCUGGCUCUGGAAGUAGCCCUGGCUCUGGAAGUAGCCCUGGCUCUGGAAGUAGCCCUGGCUCUGGAAGUAGCCCUGGCUCUGGAAGUAGCCCUGGCUCUGGAAGUAGCCCUGGCUCUGGAAGUAGCACAGCUGGCCCUGGCUCUGGGAGUAGCACCGCUGGCCCUGGCUCUGGAAGUAGCCCUGGCUCUGGAAGUAGCCCUGGCUCUGGCUCUGGAAGUAGC